CCAGAGAGCGAUUGAGGACUGCGUGCCCCUCUGAAUGACAGAUUCAGAAAGUAAAAACCAGAGACACCUCAAAUAAUAUCCCUUAACAAACCUAACGCACGCAGAAGUGGAUGUUUGUUUUGACUCGUGGAAUACUACAAGUAGAAUAACUGAAGUUAAAAACGGAAGCGUUUCUAGGUGCCCAGGUAUCCAGCAGUGAAGAAGGUGUUGACUGAUUGGGUAGCUGUAUGUGUGAGGCCACACCCGGCAAUGGAACCCUGGCCUGCAGUGGCCUGGGUCCUGCUGCUAAGCCUGAUUGCUGAUUGGCUGAAAGCAGUCCACUCACGGGAGUUUACAGUGCAAGACAUCAUCUACCUCCAUCCUUCUACCACCCCAUACCCUGGUGGGUUCAAGUGUUUCACGUGUGAAAAUGCUUCAGAUAACUAUGAAUGCAAUCGAUGGGCACCAGAUGUUUACUGCCCACGAGCGACAAGAUACUGUUUUACACGUCACAAAAUGGAUUCCAGUGGAGAGAGUAUAUCAGUUACUAAGCGCUGUGUAGCCCUGGAGGAUUGUUUGUCUACAGGAUGCAUUCAGCCUAAUCAUGAAGGACAUGAGGUCUGCACUUCUUGUUGUGAAGGAAAUAUCUGCAACUUGCCAUUGCCAAGAAAUGAGACGGAGGCAAUCUUUGCAACCACUUCUCCACUCAACAAAACUACACAGCAUUUUCACAGUAGCUCAUUAGUUUUAACCUGUAUCAGCAUCAUGCUCCUGAUGCUCGUGUAGCUGAUGCAAAAGUGAAACUGGCUCUGAAAAACACCCUUCAUGUUAUUUAAAAGUGUAACUUAUUAUUACUGAUCAUGUGAUGGUUUACAGUAUUUUCUUCAAGGAUGAAAAUGUAAAGCUCAGGAAAGCACAUCUAUUAAAUGAUAUAAAAAUAGAAACAGAUCCACGCAUUUCCAAGUCAGUCACGUGAAACACUGAUAUGUAGUGCAUUAAAGGGUUAAUUACUCUAAUGGACCUUAUAACAGUCACUGGAACCCUGUAUUUUAAGGCAAUUUGUGGGCACAUUCGCAUCCUGCCCCUUCCCACAAUGCUCAGUGGUCCAGGAUUGGCACUUUGUGAUGGGUCAAGUUAAGUUAAAUGUAAACAAAUACUGGUAUGUGAUGCAACUGUUUAAUUAAGUGAGUUGAAUAUUGUCUUUCCAUUUCUCCUGUACAGUUUUUAUAUAGUAUUUAUUUUUGUAUAAUACAUUUAUAUUAGAAAAUAAAAUAUAGUGUUUUAGGCACCAAAACUUAAUAACAAAAAAAAAAAAAAAAAACAUGUUUUAACAUGUGGAAUCACUCUUGUAUUUAUUAGCAAUAUAUUUACAAGAUUGUCAACUAAAGUUAUUUCUGUGAUGCCCCCAUCCUCCCCAUUUUGUGAUGUGAACAAAAUGAAGAACAUUUUAAGCAUUGCUUCAAACACAUUUCUACGACAAUGCUCCUUUUUUCCCCAUGCUGUGGGAUGAAGGGAUAGUGAAAAAUGAUAGUUACUGGAUUUAGAGGCUAUGCUUGUUGUCUGCCAAAAGCCACUGUGAAAUUCUCUAUUUAUCAAGAUGCUGCAUCUCAGCAUUGGGAUGUUUGUGGCACAUACACUAGUGGAUUCAUUAUUUGAAGAUCCCCAAUCAAAUCUAUAAGCACAGUACCAAUCUCUUUAUCAGUGUGUUGGUAACUGUAUUCAGUGAAGCUGUACAGUAUAUACAGUACCUGUCUAGGACUGGUAAAGUUGUAAAUAAUAAGCACAGACUAAUUUGUUUCUUUGUGUAACGUUAAUGUAAAUAUUGUACACAUUGCAAAUAUACAUUGAUACAUUGCCAGUGUUCACAUUAAAAACAUGACAAAAUAUUUAAAACCAAACACUAGUUGUGAUUUUAUUUGAAAUAAAAAGGGGCUAGUUGAAGAACAGUUGUCAGUGAACUGUUGUAAGUGACUCGUUGAAAAGAAGAACCAUGUACAUGUGCAAUGUCAGCAGACGUUAUGUUCAGCUGUGAAUCUAGAGCUUAUUUUUGUCUUUACACCACCUGCCACUACGUCACAUACAGAAGGGUAAAUAUGAUCAUGAAUUGAACUUGGCACAUUGUUUCACUUAAAAUCUGAAAAGAAAUUCAGUUCUUGGAUUGCACAGAUACAGUUCUUCAUCUCAUGCAGUGCUUUAAAUAGACAGGGCUGUAUAUCUAAAGGCUGGGUUUUGCUGUUCUUUAGACACUGCAAAUGCAUGAAUAGUGUUGUUACUGAUUAAAAUGUUUACAUAUCUAGGAUUCUGCAUUCACGCCAAAAAAACAAUAUUAAAAUGGUUUUCAAAGCUUUUUUUCUAUAUACAUCAACAUACAAAAGAGUUUGUGUAUAGUGGCUCUAUCUGAUAUUAUGUUUUUGUCGCUGGAGUUUAAUAGGAAGCCUAGUAUCUGCAUGAUAAGCUGUGUGCCAGCUUCAGUAAAUAAUGCUAUCACCCUGCUUGCCAUAGACCUUCCAGAAAAUAUACCCACUGGUCCUGCUUCAAUGCAACUUCAGCAAGUGAGAAGCGUAAACGACAUCAAAGAAUCCGGUCCUUGAUUGUUGUCUCAUUACAUUCCUGUUAUGUAAAUACUGACCACUUGAGCAAUUUAAAGUAAAUGGAGAAUGAGGGAUGGAGGUGAUUUACCUUUAGCUUUUCAUAUUGAAUAGACUUUCCUUCCACAAACAACAAGCAAAAGCAAAGGAGGCUCUGUAAAUAUUAAGAACCUGUGCAGUGAAAGUAAAAGAAGGUAGCAAAACAGCAACUGAAAGGAAAUGAAUGAGCCAAAGCACUUCCUUUCUUUAUGCUUCGUACUUCAGGUUUUUGCAGAAGUUUCAGCUUUCCAGUGAUGUUCCUUAGGGAGUCUGUUUUUAUUUAAAUGGGGCUAAUGUCAAGAACAUGUCACCCAUAUACAGAGCUGUUUGUUGCUGGGUUGCGUUUAUGUUCUGGGACACUGGUUCAUUGAGGUACUGAACAACAUGUAAUGUGGGUCUUUUAAAAGAAUAAAUUGGUUGGGGCAUUCAAAGGUGACCUUUGAGAACCAGGACACAGAUCACUUGUGAUCAGAAUGGAAAUGAAUCAGAGACAAACACAAACAUCAAUGCUCAUUUUGACAUCUCACAGUAUUUAUGGGUAUCUGAUGGCACAGGCAAUUCAAUCAUUGCAUAUUUUCUGUUUGAAACCCUAAACACAUUGCUCAGUGAACAUAAUAAAAAGAGGUACAAGGUCUCUCUACAAUGCAAAAAUGCUUGUGUUAUACAUUCUUCUCAAUCAUUCCAUCAUGUCCAACUCUUCAAAGCUUGGUAAACAAAAUCCACAUUGGCUUAGGGCCCCUUCACCUGCUAUAUGAACCUU